AUGACGGACGAGGAUGAAAAACUCGCGUUUCUCGUCAACGUCUACAACCUCAUGAUCGUCUUCGCGUUCGCGCGGUUCGGCGUCCCGCGCUCCAACGCCGCGCGGUAUUCGUUCUUCGACGACGUGAAGGUCAACAUCGGCGGGCACGCGUACUCGUUCAACGAUAUAGAGCAGGGUUUGAUACGAGGGAACAGGCGGCCGCCGUAUCAUUUGCGGAGGACGCUCCGCGGGGGCGACGUCAGGAGGGCGUUCGCGCUCGCGCGUGUGGACCCUCGCGCGCACUUCGCGCUGAACUGCGGCGCGAGCUCGUGCCCGCCCGUGAAGAUGUACACCCCGGAGGGGUUGGAUGAAGAGUUAACGCUCGCGUCGAAGGCGUUUUGUGAAGACAGCGUGACGUUCGACGCGGACGCGAACGCGCUGACCGUCAGCGCGAUUCUGAAGUGGUACCGGAGCGACUUCGGCGCCGACGACGCGGCGGUCGCGAGGCGCGUGCUGACGUGGCUGCAAGGGGACACGAAAACAGCUCUCGAAAACGCGUUACGGCGGGAGAACUCGUCGAUCAAGCUGCGGUACGCGCCGUACGAUUGGACCGUCAACGCGACGGCGACGUCGAGAAGCUACGAAGGCGUGAAGACGAAAGUAGACGUCAGCAGAAUCACCGGCCGGUGA